GAAUUUGAGGUUCUUGCCGAGCAUAGCAAAGAGAUCCUUCAGAAGCUCGAGGAGCAAAACGCUCAAGCAGAACAGCGGCAUGAAACUGCGACAGAGGAAUUCCGAGACAAGCUUGACGAUAUUGCCAAUCGCCUCGCUGUACUCUUCAGCAUGACAUCGGAGCAGCCAAGUGCACUCUCCAGCAUACGAGAAGCUCAGCAAAAAUCAGUCACUAUUAUCACGGCCAAGCUUGAGACUAUCUUAGAAUCCCAUGAUACUGCCCAGAAAACAACCAGCCAGCUAUCAACAGAUCUCGAGCAUCAGAUUCGAAAGAUCUUGCAAUGCCUGGAAAAUCAACUCGAAUCAUUGGCCAAGCAGCUGUCAGAGAAGGCAGAAGAAAAUGGCAUGGUGUCUACCCUAUACAAGAGAAAAGAGGCAGAGUGCGAAGAGCAUAUGAAGGAGCUUGCAUCAUUGCGGGAUACCGCCAGAAAACAGGCCGAGCAGAUUCAUGAGUUAGAGGCUAACCUCAUUGCGAUGGAUGCAGCUCAUGACGACAGCGAGGAGAGAAUACGACAGCUUGAAGUUACUGGCAAAGAGGCAAUACGACUCAGAGAAGAAGUCAAGUCCAAAACGGCUGUUAUCACCGAACUUCAGAGCAAGCUCGAUGCGAAGGAAAAGGCGUACGAGUCUCAAGUGGAAAACCUCACCUCCAGCGUAAACCAGAUUGCCCAAUCGAUGCAGGAGAAUGAUCGGCUGUCCCGGAUUGUGGCUGAUCAGGCUGCAGCGAUCGCUCGUCAGGACAGCAUGGAGAGGUCUGCCGCUGAGACUACGAAACUUGCGAUCCAGGGAGAGCGCGAACGGAAGGUUCUGGCCGACCAUCUGGAGAAGCUCAAAGAAGAAAUCCAGCAGAAAGAGCAGAACGAACGCCGUGAUGCCUCUAUAAUUCAAUCCCUCCAGCAGAGCCUCGCCACGGCAGAAUCCAACAGAAAAGCGGCUGUCCAGGAGCUCAACCAACUAUCAACCAGACAAGAUCAGCUGGAAAGCCGGUUAACCACGAAAAUCCAGGACCUAGAGACAAAGCUCGAGGCUGCCCAGGGCAAAGUGGUGGAGUUGGAGAAAGAGAAUAAUUCCCAUCGCGCAAGAUCGCGGGCCCUUGUGGACAUUUUGAGAAAAUGGACUGUUCAAGAGGGACUAUAUUUUGAUGACCUCAGUUUCCUAAGCGAUGGUGGCAUAGGGGUUGAGGAAAUCACGGCAAGACUUGCCCAGGUACUGGGGCAAUUGUCGCUCCCCCAAAAAUCGGGCAAGACGCCGGAUGGGGAGUGCCCAGAAAACACAUCAAGGCCUGGCGAAACCUCCAAGUUCUUUCCGGGCAAUCCUGGCGAAACACCGCAGGAGACCUCGAAUAAGCAGAGCGACCUGGGCCAACCCGAUCGGGAUAACAGCAGCAGCACCUUAGGCGACCAUUCUGGAGCAAAGGGUGGUGUUGCCGGAAGCGCGCUUGAAGGAGCGAAUCCACAAUUGCAACUUCACCACUUGAGGAAGGUCAUCGUCCGCAGUCCAGCCAACGUUCCCACUGAGCCCGUUCCGCCAUCAGUCGACCAGGAGAAGACGAGGAGAAGGGAGGCUCUCCAGCCAAGAUCUAUCAUGAAACGGGUCACUCGAAGCAGAUCCAGCCUGUCACAACAUGUGGAUCCUGAUCCAAUGUCAGAAAAUGGAGCAUUCGUGAGACUUACUGAUGAAAGCCAUACCAUAGAUCCUCUUACUCUGAUUGAAUCAGGCAACAAAGCUUUGGGUAAUGGUUCUGGUUCCGCACCGAACGAGUGGCCUGCACAGCGCACCACGGCAGCAGCAUCAGGGCGUUCUGGCAAGAGACGGCGCUCAGAUACAGCUGCAAUUGAACGACCCGGUGGCCAAGGCGGGCGUUCCAAGCAAAUCAGAAUUGAACGCUUAGAUUCUACGGCCCUGGCUCGGACAGACGAGCCUGUUGUACCGGAUAGCCAACCUCCAGCCGUUCUGGAACCAAAGGUUGGUGAGCGCCGCCACCACGAGCACACCUCCGGCCAAAGCAAACCCAAAAACAAAUCUGUCGCAGCCAGGAGUUCGGGGUCCGAUGCAGGCUUCGGAUCGCAGACUGCCAAUGGGUCGUCGUCCCGGAGUUUCCGACAGGUGCUGCGCCCAAGACCGGCGAACAUGCGGACUUAUGGUUCUCAGAAAACGGAGAAGCCGACCGCUGUUGGUGGACAGGCCGAUUCUCAGUCAACACAGACUCGGUAUUGGUCGAGAUCGAAGGACUCACAGGCAUCGGCUAUUUUUUCACAGGAUGUUGUCAACCCGGGGGAGGAUCUUCUGCUUCCAUUUCAAGGCCAAGAUCAGGGCAGAAACAUUGCUUGACGGAUUGCUCAAUGGCGUCGAGGACUCUGUCAACCAGUCCAUGAUUGAUAUCUCCAUGGUCUGCUCAACCAGUCAUGGUUUGCUCAAGGAGAGAAACUAAUUGGGGAACAAGGGGCAGCACAUCCACAUCUUGGACCUGGCAGGACUACACAGAUUCGCGGCGAGACUUGACGGGCGGCACCCACGGCUUAUCACUAUGCAUGGCGUAUUUGAUAGAGAAAGGAAGUCCAAGUCUCCAAGAUGUACAAGUCGCCGAGUGAGUGAGUGAAUGCAGGUCCUCGGAGAUGGAGUGGAGUCCCAUGGGGUUGAGCCCGGAAAGCUACAGACACCGGUCCCACAAAAGCGUUCAAAUGAUGGAUUCGAAACCCAACAGACAUUAACAUCAGGCAAGAUGGCCGAGCGGUCCAAGGCGCCACGUUAAGGUAUUCAAACCUUGAUCCUCUUCUCUCUGAGAAUUCCGUGGUCUCGAAAGGGGCGUGAGUUCGAAUCUCACU